AUGCUUACACUGCUGUUGUUUACACGUGUAUACUGUUCACGUCUCCAGGUGAAGCGCCGCUCCACGUACGACGACACUGAGUUGGUGUUUGAUGAGGAGCAGAUCAUGUUGUGCACAGCCAACAAAAAGUUACAGUCGUAUGCAGAGAAAGCCUUGUCGACCGUCCCUACUCCGUCAGGCCGUCGGGUGAAGAAAAAAAACACAGUCACGUUCACGACGUCCACACAGACGGCCACCGACAGCAAGGAGAACAAACAAAACAACGGCGACUGUGGUGUCAUAGAUCUGGAGGAUACAGAACGAGGCGGCGAAGACGAGACUGUGACGUCAUGCAGAGAUACCACUGCGCAACACCGUGUUUUCAAGGACAAAGACAGAGCGUGUAUUAUGUCAUCUGGUCCAGACAGCGAAAUCUCACGCGAGAAAACGUCCGACAAGCCAGUCGAUUCCAUUCCGGGUAACAAAAUAGUAAAUUACAAACUCAACAAUAAACGAAAUAGGACAGAAAAGAGAACCAUUUCGACAGCAAUGUCAGAUGAACCAAAGCCGGAAGUGCAGAGGGAGACAACUGAUACGAUCGACGAAAGUUCAAGAUUGGAGUCAGCAUCGGGGUCACAAGAUCCUAAAAUGGACAUAAAAGCCGACGUGCAUUGUGAUAGCAUAUUAGAACAUCCUAAUGUUGAGGACGAGGUGAAGAUCAAUUACACCAAGAGUAAAUUUAGCAAUAUAAAAGAUAUUGAAACUGUGAUUGAACCACCGGAUGAAGAAGCUGUGCGUAAAUCCAUUCAGAUGUUGAAAUUAGGAAACUUCACUUCAGAGUUGCCUCCGAGAAAUAACGCCCAGUUUAGCAUAGAUGUGUUUGAUCAAAAUUCCAACGAAACUGUAAAAGCGGAGCAACCCAAAACUGAACCCGUCAUUUCCGUUGCUAAGCAACAGAAAAAAAUAGACAAAAUGUUGAAAGAUAUAAUGGGGCCGGUUUCGGAUCGGGUCAAAAAGCCUCCCAGAAAAAGUAAACCCAAGAAUGGCGUCAUAAACAAAGGUUUUCAGGAAGACAGCAAGGACACGAAACCACCAUCAGGAGACCAAGUCAGACCUCAGACCUCAGAUGGGUGUCCCUUUGCCAGGAGAGACGGUUAUUCCACGCUGCCCCUGACGAAGGUCAACGGCGGAAGGUCCACGGCCAAAUCUGCAGAGUUCGAGACAAACCAUGGCGGCGAUUUUACAACGUUAGUUCAACCAAUUAGUGCCAAAAGGGCGACGAAGAUCAGGAAGAAGUUCAUGGAGAAGGAAGAAGAGAAGCUAUUCACACCAAGGAUCCUACUGGAGAAGGACCGGAACUGCUUCUCUGACCUUGAACCGGUAGAGGACUUCACCGACGUCGAGGGUCACGCCGCUUCAGACAGAGAAGGCGUCGUAUCCCCCAGGGUGAUCAGUGUAAAGAGGACGGACAAUACAGUGUCUAUGGACAGUGUCAGAACACACACGGACACUGAAUUAGAACUUACAGAUUGUGACACGGAAGACAUGAGUGUUUCCGAGAGUGAUACUAAAGCGCAUGCGCGUAAAACUAGGUCGAACAAACGGCAAGACCGAAGUCAGAAAGGACAGUACGACUCCCGUAGGAAGUACCUCGCUUUGAAUAGUCUGAGAAGAAAAACGAAAGCAAAAGCCUUAAAUGCGGAAAUACGAAACCGAAUCAGACUUGCUCAGUCUUGAUGAUAACUGUACAUGAGUAGAUAAAGUGCCGGGCAAAAGAAAUUUACAAAUUGUGUGUGACCCAAAAAUUACAAAAGUUAUCAAAACUUCACAAAGUUAAAAUCAAUCGUCGAAAUACUAGCUCCAUAACACAACAACGAUUCGUGUCAAAUACGUCAUUAUUGAAUAUAUCAUUUGAUACUGGUUUCAAUUUUAGCAACCAUCAAACAUGGAUGUAUGCUGUCUUUUUGCGCGGUAGUGUAGUAAAGACUUCUCAUUAUUUAAGAACACUACUACCAAGUGACAAAAUGCUAUAUGGCCGGGGGAAUUCCAGGAAUCCCGAAAAUAAUUUCUCCAGAAAUGUAUUGAACUGAUACAAUGGAACAUGUAUAUUAUGUGUUGUCCGUCAUUCAUGCCAUAUCGUUAUUUAUUUAUACAUGUUCAGGUCUUCCCAUGUGGAUGUUUUCGCGUGAAAAUGUAUCGUCUCAUCAUCCAACGAAUAAGCUUACUUAUUUUAAUAUUUAUUGUAUUAUUUAUCAUUUCAUUAAAUUUUAUCAUUGU